AUGAUGAAAGAGGGCAGAACCAGGCCCUACCACGGGGAAACAUCCCUAAAGUGCACGGAAUCUCCGUUCAGCAAAGAGAUCAUGGAAGCUCCAUUGCCCAGCAGAUUCAAGAUGCCCACCUUUGAGAGAUACGAAGGUUUGUCUGACCCCAUUGAUCACCUGGAAUAUUUCAAAAUGUUAAUGCAGCUGCAAGGAGCUCCGGACGCCAUCAUGUGCCAAGCGUUUGCUACCAUCCUUAAGGGUACCACCAGAGACUGGUAUCGAACUCUUCGACCAGGAUCUGUUGGUUCCUUCCAAGGGAUGGAGCAAAUGUUCAUCGGCCAUUUCCUUAGUAGCCGAAGAGUUGUCAAAACAACAGGCCAUCUAAUGAGUAUGGUGCAAGGGGAUCGGGAGACUUUAAAGAACUUCAUGCACCGUUUCAACACAGCGACCCUAGAAAUCCGCAACUUGGAUAUGGGGGUAGCCUUGGCCGCCCUGACAACGGCUCUCCAACCCGGAAGUUUCUUAUACUCCCUUGGAAAAAAACCUCCAGUAGACAUGGGGGAGUUAAUGAUUCGAGCAGAGAAAUACAUAAACCUAGAGGAUAUGAUGGACACGAGAGGAAAUCGUCUAGAGCGGAAAAGGAGAAACAACGGCAGAGAAUCUGGAGACGCGUAUAGACCUACAAAAAGGCACGAAACUAGUGCGACACAAAUAGGUCAAAAGAGUAGAGGACAGCACAACAAGUUCUCCACCUACACACCUCUAAAUUUACCGCGCUCAGAGUUGCUGAUGCAGAUCAAAAAGAAGGACUACGCGUAUACUGGUAGACAAUGGGAGCUCGGCCAACAUCAUGUUCUGGUCGGUCUUGGUAGGGAUGAAGAUCGGCAAGGAACGAUUGAAGCCCGUCUCGACCCCUUUGGUAGGAUUUGGGGGAGACACUGUUCACCCCUUGGGAACCAUCACGUUACCAGUGACAACAGGGACGACCCCGCAGCAGGUAACAACGUUGACGGAGUUCCUGGUGGUUGA